AUGUCAUUUAUUGAAGGUAUCGGUGAUGAUUUUCUAUAUGUAUUUGGUUUUUUACUUUUUAUUGGUAUUGUUUCCCUUGCUUGGCUUUCAACACAUGUUAAUUAUAUUCAUUUUCCUACAACAUUAUUUAUUAUUGAACGACGAACACGUAGAAACAAUGAAGAUGAAUCAGAAAGAACAAGUUCAGUAUCACCAUCAAGAUUAACUCCAUCAAAUGAACAAUCUACAUUUCCAUCAUCUGAAAAUGAAAUACAAACAGAACAUGAAUCUGAUAAUGAAUCAAGUGAUGUUGAUGAAUUUAAUUCUGAACAAAUACCAUUAGUAACAGAAUCAAAUAUUACACAAAUACAACAAUCAGAAUGUAGACAUACAAAUUCUGUAGAUACAAAUAAUCAACAACAAACAACGUCUAAUGAAGAAGAAAGUGAAUCAUUAAAAAUUAUUAUUAAAUUUCUUAAUGAUACAAAAAAAGAAAUAUUAGCUAAUUCAAAUGAUACAAUAUCAAAAAUUAAACAGUAA